AUGCUCUUAAGCAUUCUGGCCAUCUUCUCCUCAAUUUCAUCAUCAGCAUCGAAACCGAGCGAAUUGAUCCAGCAGACGUGCAAGAACACCAUACACUACGACCUCUGUGUUUCCUCCUUGAAAUCCGACUCCUCCAGCACGAAAGCCGACACCAAGGGCUUGGCGCUCAUAAUGGCCCGUCUGGGAGUGGCUAACGCGACUGCCACGAGCAAAUACCUCUUGUCCGCCAAAAACGAGACGGUGCUGGUGAAGGAGUGCGCGGACAAGUACGCGCUGGCAGGGGAGGCGCUCCAGAGCUCGAUUCAGGACUUGCUUGAUGACUUGUACGAUUAUGCCUACCUACACGUCAUGGCUGCGGCCGAUUAUCCCAAUUCCUGUCGAAAUGGGUUCAAGCGGUACCCGGGGCUGGUGUACCCACACGAGCUCGCGGUUAGGGAGGAAGGGUUGAAGGGAAUUUGUGAGGUGGUUUUGGGGAUUAUUGACUCGAUUGGUUUUCAGUGA